GACGACGGUGGAGCCCAUCAUGUCUCUCCGCCCCUCACUCGCCGCAGCCUGACCCGUCACCACCGGACAAUGGGCCGCCACCACAGCCCCUCCCUCUCCACCGCCUCGGCCUCCGACACCAACGCCGAUGCGGACUUCGACGCCGUCGUCGAAAGCCCCUUCGGGCGGAUCGACUCCCUCACGCGAUCCGACAUCCGCGAGGCGGCGUACGAGCUCUUCUUCAUGUCGUGCCGAUCGUCGCCGGGCUUCGGAGGCAUCAAGAGCUCCAUCAACUACCACCCGGCGGUGGAGGGCGGCGGCGGCAAUGGUGGGGGAGGGGAACCACCAGGAUCCCCCAAGAUCUGCUCAGGGAUGACGGUGCCGAACAGCAGGAUCAAGAAGGCAUUGGGGCUCUCGACACGGAGGUCGUCCCCGAUGAGGAAAGGCAUGCUGAAUGGGGUCUCUAACUCGCCUGGGAAGGCGAAGCGGCCGAUGACGUCGGCGGAGAUCAUGCGAUUGCAAAUGUGCGUCCCGGAGCAUAGCGAUCACCGACUAAGGAAGACCCUCAUGCGAACCCUAGUUGGACAGACGAGUAGAAAGGCAGAGACGAUCAUUCUUCCUCUGGAGCUCCUUCGCCAGUUGAAGCCCUCGGAAUUCUACGACGCACAGGAAUACCAUCAAUGGCAGCGGCGGCAGCUCAAGCUCCUCGAGGCAGGCCUCCUCUUGUACCCUUCGCAGCCCGUCGACCGCCAAAAUCCCGCCGCCGUGCGUCUGCUAGACAUCAUCAAGGCCACCGAGAACAGACCCAUCGACACCAGCAAGAACUCCGAGGUCAUGCGCAUGCUCUGCAACUCUGUCAUCGCCUUAGCUUGGCGUAACUCCGGCACCGGUUCCUCCUCAGAAAGUUGCCACUGGGUGGACGGCUACCCGGUGAACAUCCACCUCUACCUCGCCCUGCUCCGUUCCAUCUUCGACCUCCGCGAAGAAACCGUGGUCUUAGACGAGGUGGACGAGCUGAUUGAGCUGAUGAAGAAGACAUGGUCGAGCUUGGGAAUAAACAGGAUGAUCCACAAUGUUUGCUUUGCUUGGGUUUUCUUCCAACAGUACGUCGAGACCAGGCAAAAUGAGCCGGAUCUACUUGGAGCCGCGGUGACGAUACUAGUCGAGGUUGCUCAUGACGCGAAGAAGCCCAAUCCCGAAGCUAACUACACAAAGCUCUUGUUCGGUUCACUCAGUACCAUGUAUGGUUGGGCAGAGAAGAUGAUGUUGGAUUACCAAGAGUACUUCGACAAGGACACCAUCACGAACAUGGAACAUGUUCUUACCCUGGUGAUCUCCACCUCGAAGAUAAUCGGUGAAGAUCUUUCAAGUGAAGUGAUCUUUGCAGACAACAAUCCUGUCGAAACGGGGGCAAAUACAUCGACAAAGAAAGUGGAUUACUUCAUAAAGUCUUCCAUAAGAAACGCAUUCACCAAGAUGUUAGAACACGGAGCAGCCGCCCAAAACGAUAGCAUGAUUGUCAAAGUAGACGAAGAUCCGAGCAACAUUAUGAUCCAUCUCGCUAACGAUACGGAAGAAAUGGCAAAGCUAGGGAAGGAAGUAUUUGGGCCCGUGCUGAAGAAAUGGCACCCGAUGCCAAUUGCCGUGGCGGUGGUGACCAUCCACAGCUGCUUUGGGAUUGUGCUAAAGCAGUUCUUGGCCAAGGUCUCCAUCCUAACCAAUGAGGUAGUCCAGGUGUUGCUAGCUUCAGGGAAGCUGGAGAAGUUCCUGGUGCAACUGGCAGUCGACGACUCCGAAGACGGAGGGGAGGCAGCACUGAGGGACGUGGUGCCUUACGAAGUCGAUUCGAUCGUCGGAAGCCUUCUCAGGAAAUGGAUAGAAGAGAGGUUACGGCGAGGAAAGGAUUGCGUUGAUAGAGCCAAAGAAGUUGAGACCUGGACGCCGGUAUCAAAUAACGAACCGUAUGCUCGAUCUUCCAUGGAUUUGAUGAAGCUAGCGAAGGUGACUUUUGACGAGUUCUUCGUGAUCCCUGUCGGAAUCCAAGAUCACAUGGUUCAAUACCUUGCCGAUGGCUUGGACAUGCUGUUCCAUGACUACAUAGCCUUCGUUUCUGCAUGUGGGACGAAGCAAAGCUACAUGCCCAGCCUCCCUCCACUCACCAGGUGCAACCAGGACUCCCAAUUCAGGAAGCUAUGGAAGAAGACGGCCAAUUGCAGGGCCGGCGCCGGCGGCCGGCAGAAGAGGAGGAAGGGCCGGGCCAACAACUCCGACCACCCGCGGCCGUGCACUAGCCGUGGCACACAGCGGCUUUACAUCCGCCUCAACUCCCUCCACUACCUCUUCGCCAACAUCCACGCCCUGGACAAGUCGCUCACCUUCGCGCGCAGCGGGCUCUCCCCCUCCGGCCGGCCGCGCCACCUGGCGUCGGCGCACCACUUCGAGCUCGCCCGGUCGGCGGCCCAGUCGGCUAUCAGCCACGUGGCGGAGGUCGCGGCGUACCGCCUCAUCUUCCUCGACUCCCGCUUCUCGCUCUACGAAGGGUUGUACGUGGAGAGCGUGGGCGGGGCGAGGAUCCGCCCGGCGCUCCGCACCCUGAAGCAGAACCUGACGCUGCUGGUGUCGAUCUUGACGGACCGCGCGCAGCCGGCGGCGAUGAAGGAGGUGAUGCGGGCGACGUUCGAGGCGUUCUUGAUGGUCCUCUUGGCCGGGGGGCCGGAGCGCGCCUUCGAGCGGGAGGACUACGCGGCCGUGCUGGAGGACUUCCGGAGCUUGAAGCGGGCGUUCUGCACCUGCGGGGAGGGGCUGGUGGCGGAGGAGGUGCUGGGGCGGGAGUCCGAGGUGGUGGAGGGAAUCGUGGCCCUCAUGGGGUUGCCCACCGAGAGGCUGAUCGAGGAUUUCAGCAUCGCGGCGUACGAGGCGAGCGGCCUCGGGUUGGUCGGCGAGGGAGCCGGGUCGAAAUUGCCGAUGCCGCCGACGACGGGCAGGUGGAAUCGGGCCGACCCAAACACGGUGCUCCGGGUGAUCUGCUACAGGGACGACGACAUGGCCAACCAGUUCUUGAAGCGGACGUUCGAUCUGGCCAAGAGAAGAUGAAGAAGAAGAGGAAGACAGAAGGGUCUGAAACUUUACUUGAAAGGGAGGUGAAACUCUGGGGCAGGCAUAAUGUACAGUACAGUACAAUACAGUUGUGAUCAGAACUUGCAUGAGCAUUUCCAUUGUCUUCAUUUUGUCAUCUGAUCUAAAUCUUUCCGAGUGGUGAAAUUAUGGGCAUCGACUUACAUUAUUUAUUUGGCAAAAUAAAAGGACGAGAGGAGAUUGAUUGAU